CCGUCAGAGCACAGAGAGAGAGAGCAGGGAGGGAGUGUGCUGCACACGAAUGUGCUCAGUGCUGCUAUCAUCCGAUAGAAGCUUGCCAGGCAACUAGAGGGGGACACAGAUACUGAUAGAGGGGGAGAGAGACUCUCUUCCGACGUCGGUGCUGGAACGGAUGAGCGCGACAUUCGUCCACUAACCGGUUACCGUAUAUUCCACGGCGGCAGACACUACAGAUAUCCAAUGCUGGCGGAAUUUAGCUGACCAUAGUUGGACACGCAACAUUCACUGUCGGCACCAUGAUCCCUCGUAGUAUGCGAACAGGUGGGAUGGACCUGCCAGGGGUGGAGUCAAGGGAUGUACCCCUCAUUGGCUACCGGCCUUUAGCGCCUGACGAUGUUCCCCUCAGCAGCCAAUCUGGGCAAGUGACUGACAGUACUGGACUGGACUCCUCUGAGGGGGAGACUUCCCCCAUGAAGACAACUUGGUACUGUCCUCUGGACUUGUCUACUGUGUUGGAGGAGGAAGAGGACGGAGUGAUAUACAAUGUAGUGGUGAAGCAACAGCAUGGCGCCCCCACCAGUGCAACAUCCAGCUCUCGUUCACAGUGUGUGAAAGCGGGAACAGAGGAGAAGCUGGUGCAGCACCUCCUCCACUCCUUCGCCAUGGGAGACUCCUCCUUCAUCACCAUCUUCCUCUCCACCUAUCGCUCCUUUACUUCAACAAAGAGGGUGCUGGACAUCCUCAUCGACAGAUUGCAACAUCCACCAGGAGAAAGUACAAAGAGUCAGACUAGGCAACCCUUCAACAGAGCGGUGUGUAUGGUGUUCAGUAUGUGGCUGUCGGAGUAUCCUGAGGACUUCCGCUCUCUGGGAGAGCCUGGUCUACUGCUGCGCCUGGCCCCCCUGCUGCCCUCCGACCCCUCUGGGACAGAGAUCAGGGGUCGCCUCCUCAGACUGGCAGAGGAGCUCAGUGAACAGGCCCUACUGCCUGACUCUAGUUCAGAUAGGACCACCCCCAGCCCUCCUGCUGACCCCACUAAGUUUGAUCCCACCAAUAUCCUGGGCUUCCCCGCUGGGCUGAUCGCUGAGCAGCUCACCAAGAUAGAAACGGAGCUGUUUGUGCGUCUGGUCCCGUACCACUGCCUGGGCUCCCUGUGGUCUCAGAGAGACAAGAAAGGCCGCGAGGAUGUAUGUUGGUCCGUCCGGGCCACUGUACGCCAGUUCAACCGGCUGGCCAAUGCCGUGAUGGCGUCGUGCCUGUGGCCCACGCAACUCCGCAGCCAGCAGAGAGCCUGCCUUCUGGAGAAAUGGAUCAGCGUGGCAGAGGAAUGCAGAGCCAGGAAAAACUUUUCGUCUCUCUACGCCAUCGUGUCUGCCCUGCAGAGUAACCCUGUACACAGACUAAGGAGGACGUGGCUAGAAACCGACAGGGAAGCAGUGAGGAGAUACGAGGAGCUGUCCAACAUUUUCUCUGAGAAGGACAACUACUCCCAGAGCAGGGAGCUGCUGAAAGAGGAGGGCACUUCGAAGUUCGCCAACCUGGACGGCAAGAUGACCAACAGGAGACAGAUAGGAUCCAGUGCCCAGGGCACAGUACCCUACCUGGGGAUCUUCCUCACAGACCUCACCAUGCUGGACACGGCCGUCAAAGACAGACUAGAGAACGGCUACGUCAACUUUGACAAGAGGAGACGAGAGUUUGAGGUUUUAGCUCAGAUCCGACUACUGCAGUCCUCCUGUAAAAACGGUGUUUUCAUCACUGACGAGGCAUUCCUACAGUGGUACCAAAGUGUACCCUCGCUAAAUGAAGAAGAAAGUUACAGACUGUCCAAUGAAAUUGAGGUGCCGUGCGAACCGAGCUCUGGUCGUACCCUGAACCCUACAGUGAUCAUCACACGGUGCCCAAACCUGAAUUCCUCCAGGACCAGCCUUGUUGCUGACAGUGACAGUCAUUUUGACUUCCCCUCCCCCGUCUGUCACUUUCUAUCCAAAUUCACUAAGCAUAUGAAAUCCCCCUCAGUUUCCUGUCUGGAUGUUGACUCCUCCCAUCCCACCAAUGACCCCAUCCCGUCUGCAUUGACACCAUCCACUCCCGUCAAAUCACAUCGUCGAUCAGUCUCCUGUGGCAACAAUCCCACCAAUAACAACAAAGGGUCUGGGCCUGAAAUGCGGAUUGUCAGGAUACGGAUGGAUUUACAAGAUGGGAAUAUGUACAGAAGCAUACUGGUGACAAGCAAUGACAAGACGCCCACUGUGAUCAGUUCUGCCUUAGAAAAACACAGUCAGGACCCCAAACAGGCACCCAGAUAUGAGCUCAUCCAACUAUUGCCCGAGGGAAAAGAGUUGGUCAUCCCUGCCACAGGAAACGUCUUCUAUGCCAUGACUUCCUCUAGUGUGGACUUCCUGCUGUGCAGACAAGGAGGCAACACCCCUUUUCGCUCUCAACCAAUCAGCACAGAAACCAGUGCCACCUUUCCUCGAAUCAAAGCCAAGGGGCGGAGACUGUUUUUUUGACAACAACUCUUUCCCAAAUAGACAUAAUGUAGCUAGUUCUUCUCAAGGACAGGUCACGAUAAGAAUGCAGGCAGAUAUCUCAGUGAGAUGUGGCCUUGUCUUUCCUAAUCUUUUUCCAAAGUGGAAACACAUUCUGACCGAGUUUCAAGCAAAAUGUAUCCUGAAACCUGUCUGAACUUGUUUGAUGAACAUGUUCUUACCUGGGACAUUUCAAUAAAUAUGCUGCCUGUUUGUGUACACCAGGGAAGUCCAUUAGUGUAGAAGGGUGCAUGUCUCUCUCGUUGGCAAUAAAUACUACUUCAAAUAUACACCGAGAACAAGACCAGUGCAAAUCUUUAACUGAUGGUGAAUGGUGCUGUUCCUUAAGUCUCUCUGACCAUUGGCAUCUAAUUUCCUAUUUAACCAAAUGGAAUAGCUUUGUAACCAAGAGCAACUGAGGAAUCCAAAUCAUCUUGAGUAUUUGAGGAAUGUGCCUCAGGUUUCAUCAUAGAGAUGAGUUGAUAGUAAAGAACUUCAUUAAAUCAAAGUAUUUGGGCGAUAUGACCUCCUUGAAUUGACCAUGACCACAACAAAGUUGACCAUUUCUCCAUAGAGAGUGGAUACAAGCAGCAUGACAACAUAUUAAGUAUUGCAAGGCGUUUGAAGAAUAUGAAUGGUGGGGAGAGCACUGGGCUGACAUUAUGACAUAAUGCAUCUGAAUAAGUGACAGACAGAGUCACUGAAGCCUCUCAUUAUAGCAAAGCACGGGGGCUCAUCAAAAUGUUUUAACUAUGUACUUUGUGGAUGCAUAUGUUUUUUAUGUGUUGACGAUGUCAUGAUUGUGUUUACGUUCACAAGGAGCAAUCAACAAGUGUCAGAAUGACAUGUUAUUCAUUUUGAAGUAACAGGAAAUGUAUGAAAUUGCCCCAAAUUGCAACCAUUUCAAAUGGGCCAAGACGUUACAAAGAUAAACAUGAUCAUUUCACUUGGGUUUUGUGCCAUACAUAUUGAAUGAUAGCUCCGGUAGUAUCUUAUGUAAGACACAACACAUAUACAUAUACAGCCUUGCCACUCCCAUAUAGAAGUCCUAUUUUGAGUACUAACCAUUAGGCAAAACAACAUCAACCCACAAACUCUUAACCUAUGUUGUGCGUAUUGAAAAGAUGUCUACCAUUGCACCUUAAUGCUAAACUUUUCAAUACAGCAUAAGCUAAUCUUUAUUGCUGGUCUCUGAAUGGGUUUAGCUGCUAGUUGGAAUGGAAGUCUGUCUGAAGUGUACUUCAACCAGUGCUCCCAAAGUCAGUCCUCAAAGACCCAUGCCAGGUUAGUGAGUUAUUCUCACCAAUCACUGAAUGAUGUUUAAUUGUUAUGUUCUCUGACGUUUGAUAGAGAUCUGACAGCUAUAAGGUUUCAUUAUGCAAUGGCUUUAGUCCAGGAACUGAAUGUAGAGGGUUUUGCAGAAGGCUCUGCUUCUAUCCCAUGUGGAUGAGACCAGUAGGAAGGAAAACCUGUAUGCAUAAGGGCGCAUGGGGAACAGAUUGUGGAAGGCCCUAACUGAUGAACUCUUGUGAACUCUGGUCAUACUACCCAGUGCUGUUGAAGUCUCUACUAAGGCUGAAGCAUAGACACGGUAGUUCCAGGGAGAGGAGAGAGGAUUCUGGGUAACGUAAUUUGACGAAGUGUUAGCGCCAGGCGAAGCUACUGAUUGUUUAGUGCCUUUCUCUCAUUGGUGCUUGAGCCACUUAAAGUGUCCCAAAUGGCACCCUAUUCCCUAUAUAGAGUGUUACUUUUCACCAGAGCCCCAUGGACCCUGGUCAAAAGUAGUGCGCUUAAUAAGGUGCCAUUUGACAUGAAGCCUCUGUGAUGUAUGCAUUGGAAUGUACAGUACAUAUGAUGUACAUUCACAGUGCUGUAUAAGCUGGCAUGUUUAUGCACUACAUAUGCCCCAUUUGUUUUUGUGUGAUACAUUUCCUUUUUCUAUGAAUGCAUUUUGAUGUGACGGCAAUAUGAGGAAUUUCUAUGCAACUCCCCGGAUGUGUGCUAUAAUUCUGCUGUGUCUAUUCUUACCAAAUAAAUGUACAAAGAUGUACAUCUAAAAGA